GAUUAAAGCAUGAAUGGGAGCAGCUUCCCAGCCACGAUGGAGAGAGAAGGCGGUUCAGGCUAUGGGAAUAAGGUUUCCUUCCAAAUGAGUCCCUGAGGUUCCUGCUGGCAGCUCCAGCAGUGUCCUGUAGAAGUGCCCUCCUGCUCCUGGUCCCAGCAGCCGAGGCCCCUCCAAACCUGCUUCUGCAAUGGGUGGGUUGUAAGCACUGGUAAUGAGGAGCUGUGGGUCCAGUCAGUCUUGGAGAUGCCGAAGAGACGAGACAUCCUGGCUAUCGUGCUGAUAGUUCUGCCCUGGACACUACUAAUCACCGUCUGGCACCAGAGCACCAUUGCUCCACUGCUUGCAGUGCACAAGGAUGAUGGUGGUGACUCCCGGCGUGAUCUCGCUGCAGGCUUGGAUUCCAAGGAAUACUGCUUGUCGGACCGGGACAUUGUGGAGGUGGUGAGGACAGAAUAUGUUUAUACCCGCCCACCCCCGUGGUCAGACACCCUUCCCACCAUCCACGUCAUUACACCCACCUACAGCCGGCCGGUACAGAAGGCAGAGCUGACGCGCCUGGCCAACACUCUCCUGCACGUGCCAAACCUGCACUGGAUCCUGGUGGAGGACUCUCAGCGGCGCACGCCUCUCAUCACCCGGCUGCUGCGGGACACGGGGCUUAACUACACCCACCUCAACGUGGAGACACCGCGCAACUACAAGCUGCGGGGAGACAUGAGGGAUCCCCGCAUUCCCCGGGGCACCAUGCAGAGGAACCUUGCCCUGAGAUGGCUGAGAGAGACCUUUAACAAGAAUAACAGCCAGCCUGGGAUUGUUUACUUUGCUGAUGAUGAUAACACCUACAGCCUGGAGCUCUUUGAGGAGAUGCGCAGCACCAGAAAGGUGUCGGUGUGGCCAGUAGCCUUCGUCGGCGCUCCCAAAGUGAACGCUGCAGGGAAGGUCUACGGCUGGAAAACCGUCUUCGACCCCCAUCGCCCCUUUGCUAUAGACAUGGCGGGGUUUGCUGUGAACCUCAGACUGAUUCUUCAGCGAUCUCAGGCUUACUUCAAACUACGAGGAGUGAAGGGAGGCUACCAAGAGAGCAGCCUGCUCCGGGAGCUAGUCACCUUGAAUGACCUUGAGCCGAAAGCUGCCAAUUGCACUAAGAUUUUAGUCUGGCAUACGAGGACAGAAAAGCCUGUGCUGGUAAACGAGGGGAAGAAAGGAUUCACAGAUCCCAACGUGGAAAUCUGACUGUGCAUGGUUGAGCGGAGACCAACACCAGAAGAUUUCUUCAUGCACAGCCUGCAAGGUUCCUCUCCACCGCAUACAACCAGCCAGACGUGCAGCAGCCAGGACCUCUGCUGACUUCCAAGAGUUUUAGCGUACUGAAAACAAGCAACACUGCAUACAUAAACUACCCGGAUUCCCCUGCCCUUCCUCCUGGACUCUGAGCAGAACCAGACGCUCUGGAGGUGGAGAAAAAGCACAGAAAAUAUAGGACUGACGUCAGCUUCAGUACAAGAGCAGCUGCCUCGCGGGAUGCUGGGUUUGGGAGAGGUGCAUGCAGGGCACGACGCACUGACGAUGCGCCCCAGCUGGAAUGGUAGUCUAGACUGAGGGGGCUGUUUUACAAGACCUGAAGGCGAGGGUGAGAAUGCCCACAGGAGUGUGUUGGCCCCUGAUGACUCGUUUUUCCUGAGACACACGUACCUUGUGGCUAUGUGUGCAACAGCCUAAGCAGCUCUCUGUUCAUGGAGGGGAAAGCUGCCUUCCGAGAUGGCACCUUAGCCCUUAAUUUUAAACCUGCUUUAAUCAGUGUUUAUCACAUGGCACAAGACAGAAAGGUUUUGGGGGAGGGUGAAAAGCAAGGCAGGUUAGAACAAAACCAUUAAGUAUCCCUGUUCUCUUUGUAUUCCCUCUUCUUUCCCUUCAUCAGUUUCACGGUUUGGAGGGCACUCUGACAUACCUCUGUGUUCCUGGAUGGAGUUAUGUUUACAGCAUGUGGUUCUCUAUUCAUCCAUGCUAAAAUAAUUGGAAGUGGGUUUUAGUGAGACUGUUGUGGCCGUACACCAUAACACUUCAUCCAGGCUCAGAUCUUGGUUCUGUUUAGCUCCAGUUUGGUUCACAUGAGCAUUAGGUGUGGGAUUCUCUGAAGGGUGCUCCUACAUAAAGCCAAAUUUCCACUC